AUGAGCCUCUUCCGACGCCUUGGGCGCUCUGUUCAAACGGCCCCGUGGCCGCGAUCGGGCGCUUCGCUUAGUGCUGCUUACUACCAGACAAACGGACCUUUAUCUACACCAGUACCGACGGUAGCUGUCCGGUCUUUGCACGCAUCACCACCGCGUGGCAACUCGGUCUUACUCGGUGGUCUCGGCGUUGCGGGUGCCGCGUUAAGUGCGAGAUAUGCGCUUCAGAUCUACGAAGCCUAUAAGAACCGUCCAAAGAGCGACAAGGUGGCGUCGUCGUGGAAGUACCGGAACUUUUACGACGGUCCGUUUGAAGACAAGAUGACGCGACGGGAGGCGGCGCUCAUCUUGGGCGUGCGGGAGAGCGCGUCGACCGAGCGCAUUCGCAAUGCGCAUCGGAAACUGUUGGUUCUGAACCAUCCGGAUACUGGCGGCUCGACGUUUCUAGCGACGAAAAUCAAUCAGGCCAAGGAGAUGCUGCUUAGUGGAAGCAAGUAA